AAAAAAUCUACAAAGAUCGCGACAUGCGAGGACUGUACCAACACCUCAAGAGAUCAGUGGGCCUCAGCGGGAGACAAGCGGGGGGACAGCAGUUCGUCGCGGAUGAGAACGGCGUGUUGCUCCGGAACAGGGACGACAUCCUCCAGUGGCGGGCGAGAUUCUUCAGCACCCUACUCAACACCGAAUCCCCCACCCGGAACCCAGACAUCAUCGCACGAGUGACGCAGCGGCCAGCGACACGUGACACUCAACAGUUGGGAGAUGUGCCAGAACUCGAGGAGGUGGCACGGGCAACGAAAGGCCUCAAGAACUGGAAGGCACCCGGCCAUGACUCCCUCCCUGCCGAGUUGCUCAAGAUCGAUGACGACGAACCCUUCGUCCUGGGACACCUCCAUACCAUCCUCGUCAAGGUGUGGAACGGAGGAGAUAUUCCGCGAGAGUGGAAGGAUGCAACCAUCAAGGUGCUGUACAAGAAGGGUGACCGGUCCAACUGUAACAACUACAGGGGGAUUUCGCUACUAUCUCACGUAGGCAAGGUCCCCAUCAAGAUCAUCACCAACCGUCUAAGCGCCUUCUGCGAAGCCAACAACAUCCUCCCGGAGGAACAGUGCGGAUUUCGACCCGGGCGAUCCACCGUCGACAUGCUGUUCGUCGUGCGCCGCCUCCAGGAGCUGGGGCGGAGAAAGAAGAUACCGCUCUACAUGUGCUUCGUCGACUUGA